AUGGUCACCUACUCCCCAUAUCCCGACGUGGUCAUUCCCAAGACCGACCUAUGGAGCUUCCUCUUCCAGCGGGAAACCCAGUCCAUCCCAGAUUCCCAUGUUGUCCUGAUCGACGCUGCCACAGGACGGUCAUACACCUUUGCAGACGUUCGCAAAUUAAGUCUCAAAUUUGGACAGUCUCUCCAGAGAAAAUGGAACUGGAAGAAGGGAGAAGUCCUGACCGUCAUAUCACCUAACGCGGUCAACCUUCCCCCGAUCAUAUGGGGUGCGCUCUCCAUCGGAGCGACCGUUAGUCCUCUCAAUCCUAAUUUUCCGGCAAAAGAUCUGGUGCAUUACCUGAAGGACUCCGGGUCCAAGGCAGUUGUGACUCAAAAGGCACAGUAUGCGGUUGUCCUAGAGGCGGCGCAGAAGGCUGGUCUCAAUGCCGACAGGAUCAUCGUGAUCGAUGACACCAAACAAGAUAUGUGGCAGUCAGAUCCAUCCCUCGUUUCGGAUGAUGAAUUCAGACGUCCACAUAUACCGCUAAUCGUCAACCCGGAGAAAGAGGUAGCUUUUCUGGUCUACUCGUCCGGUACCACGGGACUCCCCAAGGGAGUGAUGCUGUCGCAUUACAACAUUGUGGCCAAUAUUCUCCAGGCAGAAGCAGUGGAUGAUGGCGUUCUCGGUCACCGCGACACCGCGCUUGCCUUUCUCCCAUUCUUCCACAUCAUGGGCCUCAGCUUCCUCAUCAACUAUAGCUUCUAUAUCGGCAUGUCGAGCGUAGUCAUGUCGGGCUUCGAUCUAGAACAAGUCUGUGCCGCCAUCCAGAAAUACAAAGUGACAUACGGCUACGUCGUUCCACCCGUCAUCCUUCAACUUGUGCAGAACCCCAUCGCCACAAAAUACGACCUCAGUUCCAUGCGCAUGCUCAAGUCAGCUGCUGCCCCUCUACCGCUAGAGCUCAUCAACGCUCUACGAACAAAAUUCUCCAUCUAUGUUCGUCAGGGAUACGGGAUGAGCGAAUGCUCGCCCUGCACGCACAUGCAGACAUGGCAGGAGGGCCGCGAGUUUCCCGGUGCAGUGGGUAAACUGCUCCCCAAUAUGCAGGCCAAGUACGUACCGAUCGACGGGGAGACGGUCCGUUCCGACAAGGAGGGCGAAUUGUGGGUAAAAGGGCCAAACGUGUUCCUGGGGUACCUGAACAACCCCAAGGCGACGGAGGAGUCCUUCUCCGACGGGUGGUACAAGACGGGCGAUGUUGGCUACGAAGAUGCUCACGGACACUUUAUUAUCACGGAUCGCGUGAAGGAGUUGAUCAAGUAUAACGGGUUUCAGAUCCCUCCAGCUGAACUCGAGGGGAUCUUGCUCGGUCAUCCGGCCAUUGCGGACGUGGCUGUUGUUGGCGUGCCGAGUGGGCAGGCCGGGUCGGAGCUGCCGCGGGCAUAUGUGAGGACCAAGUCCAGAGAGCUGGUGACGGAAAGGACGGCGCGGGAGAUUGUGGAGUUUGUGAAGAAGAAUGUAGUCUACUACAAGCAGUUGCGAGGGGGAGUUCAUUUCAUCGAUGAGAUUCCGAGGAAUCCGUCGGGAAAGAUCCUGAGAAGGGAGCUCAAGAAGCGGUUUGCUAGUAAGCUAUAG